AUGGACAGCAUUGUCGCUGGAGUUUCCCCUACAGGUUUGAACCAAAUCGACCUAUCGAGCUCCGACCUUCAACGAUUGGCCUCUCUAGUGAAACAGGCGUGCACGGAUUCAGGUUUUUUUUAUGUCAUCAAUCACGGAAUAAGCCAAGAUUUAAUGGACGAGCUCUUUUCCCAGAGCAGGCAGUUUUUUGAUCUUCCAUUAACUGAAAAGAUGAAACUAUUAAGAAACGCAAAGAAUAGAGGAUACAGUCCUCUGUUCGAUCAAACCUUAGACCCUCCAAAUCAGAAAAAAGGAGAUUACAGGGAGGGGUACUUCUUAGGAGUGGACGUACCAGAAUAUGAUCCCAACGCGCAGAAGCCUGAUUUUGGACCAAACGUCUGGCCUUCUGAGGAUAUAUUGCCAGGGUGGAGGCAGACUAUGCAGGAAUAUCAUAGUCAAGCAUUGAAUGUGGCGAAAUUAGUUGCAAGGGUUAUUGCUAUAGCACUUGAUCUGGAAGCUGAUUUUUUUGAAAAGCCAGAAAUAUUCGGUGAGCCUAUUGCAGACUUGCGCUUGCUGCAUUAUGAAGGUGUAGUCUUUGAUCCCUCCGAAGGAAUAUAUGGAACUGGGGCACAUACAGACUUUGGGUUUCUUACCUUGUUGGCAACGGAUGCUGUCUCAGGUCUCCAGAUUUGCAAGAACAAAGAUGCGAAACCUCAGAUAUGGGAAUAUGUGCCACCUAUGAAAGGAGCAUUCAUAGUGAAUAUCGGUGAUAUGCUAGAACGAUGGAGCAAUUGUAUUUUCAGGUCCACGCUUCAUCGAGUUAUAGGGAAUGGUCAAGAGCGGUAUUCUGUUCCAUUCUUCAUGACGCCCAACCAUGAUUGUCUUGUCCAGUGCUUGCCAACAUGUACUUCAGAAGAGAAUCCUCCCAAAUUUCCUCCUGUCCUAUGUCAGACCUACCUGUCCCAAAGGUUGGGCGAUAUUCUUGCUGAUUUGAAGGAGUACAAAAGGGAAGGAGAAUGA